AUGGCCCUCCUCCGCCCCAUCACAGGCGCCCUCCUAGCCGGCAUCGUAAUCACCGCGCACCUCGCCCUCGUAAAACAAGCCGAAUGGAACGGCACCUUCAACCUGCACUCCCUCCUAACCUACACGACCCGCACCCUCCCCAACACCGCCAUCCCGAUCCGCCUCCCCUCCACAAACCUCCCUCAGCUAGACAACUACUUCGCCUUCAUGACCUCCUUCUUCUGGACGACGCUCGACGCCCGCAACGUCCGCGCGCACUGGGCGGGGAAUCAUCUCCUCGGGACGCUGAGCAGUAUUUGGUUGGUUAUGCUCGCGGAGGUGAAUGGAGAAGGGAGCGGGUUGGUGGCGUGGACGUUUGCGGCGGAGUUGCUGGGGGAGUUUUUUGGGAUUGGGGUUUUUACGGGGGUUUGGGGGGUUGGGCAUUUGCUUUUCAGCAGGAAGGAUAGUGGAAAGGGGAAGGAGAAUUUGAGAGCUCUGGGGUGGGGUUUGGUCCUGGGGCAUGUAGUCCCUACGGUGCUUAUGUUGCGGUUGAAACCUGAUGGCGAGGGUUUCUGGGCGAGUCAGCAGAUUUGGACGGUGGCGAGGCUGUUCCAUCCGGUUUUCUUGGCGGGGUUCUGGACGGUGUUCAAGGCGGUGCUUCCUUCCGCUGGUGGUGCUGCUGGUGGGAGUGCAGUUGGAAGUCGAAGGACAUUCUACGUCUUCAGCAUCCUCGCCUCGGCCUUCUUCCAUGUUACUUCGCUGGGCUUCCUGCUCGCGCCGGAGAUGUUUCCGGGUUGGCUGGAUCCCGCCGUCUCGAAGGCUCUGGAUCCAGCGACGGUCCUCAUCCCGACGCCGUUUUGGUCCGAGGCUGUGGUUCAGAAAGUUGACUUCGAGACCGGCGUGGCGGUGUUCCUGCAGUGGGAUUACCUCUGCUCAGCCGCGGCGAUUGUGGUCUGGGCGACGGCGAUGUAUCUUGAGGCUGUGGCGGGGAACAAGGCCGUGAAGAAAGGGGGAUUGGAGUUGGUGGUGCAGACGUUGGGCGUGGGUGUUCUUGCAGGACCUGGGGCUGCGGCGGCGUUUCUGAUGCUGGAGAGGGAUGGUGUGGGAGCUGAGGCAGAGGUCAUUGGAGAGAAGAAGACGCUGUAG